GCUUAAACAGCAAAUUAGCUAAAGCACAAAAGAAAAAAAAAUGAAGUUGUUACAUAAACUUUUUCUCUUCCUAGCUCUAUGCAUUUGCAGUGCCGAAUCUGCAGAUCCUUUGGGAAAUUUCUGUAACAAAGACACUGAAAUAAGUAACGGCAGCAAAAUAUCGUCGAACAUCGACGGUUUGUUGCCCGAAUUGGUUCUCAAGACCCCCUCAACUGGCUUUGCCACUGCCUUCAAUGGUAAUGGGAAAGACCGAGUCUAUGGCCUGGCUCAAUGCAGAGGUGAUGUGAGCACUGAAGACUGCUCAAGAUGCGUCAGAGACGCUGCUGAGCAGAUUCGAAAGCGGUGUCCUGGCGAAUCUGAUGCAAGAAUUUGGUAUGAUUACUGCUUUCUAAGGUACAACAACAAGAGUAGAUUCAUUGGACAAGUUGACACAUCUUUUGGUAUAUACUAUUUCAAUGUUGAGAGUGUAAAUGAUCCUGAUACCUUCAAUGAACAACUUGGGGCUCUGAUGGAUCAGAUUAAAAAAGAAGCUGUUGAGGCUAAGAAUUACGAUGGUCUUGGGAAAGGUGAGACCCGACUUUCGCCCUUUUCGACACUAUAUGCUUUGGUGCAAUGCACGAGAGACCUGUCUAAGUUAGAUUGCGCUCAGUGCGUGGCCAUUGCAGUGGAAAACUUUCCCAACUUUUGUGAGAACAGAAAGGGUUGCCGGGUUUUGUAUAGUAGUUGUUAUGUCAGAUAUGAGCUCUAUCCGUUCUUCUUCCCUCUUGAUUCAAACAAUACCCUGGCCGCUGAUCAAACAGUCAAAUUCGUGGUUAUUCCAUAGGUUUUUGUUAUCCAUGUGGGUUUAGUUUUUGGUCUGAAUAAGUUUGUUUUUCCAAAGGAAAGUGUUGGGCAAACUCUUUGGUUUCUUUUAACUGUUUUUUGUGCAUUUUGAAGUUUUAGCGGAAUUGUUUUCUGUAUCCUUCGUAUAAUGUGGAUAGUAAUUAGUGGUUGCAAGUAUAGCCUAACGGUAAAGUUCUCAUUCCUACCUCUAAGUUGAGGUUUAUAUUUCGAAUCCCCCAUCCUCAAUUCAAAA